GCUUCAUUGUUUAUCUAGUUGUGAUACAUGUAUUUUCUCAUUAUUUUUUCCUCAAAAAAAAAACUCGCACACCGGAAUUAUAUUCGCCUGUAUAUUCUCUUUUCUUCUAGCUUCCUACCAUAUUUUCCCUUCCAAAAAAAAUAAAAAGUUGAAAAAUAAAUAUCUGAAAAAUGCAUAGUUUUGCGCACAAAAAUCAGCUUCGGACAAAAAAAGCGUAUUUGUCGGAUCAUUAAUUUCAUUUUAAAGCCUUCCUUCUCUCCCACCUCAUCACCACUCUCCACUCUUUUCUCACUCUUCCUUCUCUUUUUCUCUCUCUUCUUUCUGUUAAUCGAAGCUUCGUGACCUCCAUUAAUGGCGUCCGCUGCAACUCUCAGCUCUGUUGAAGCUCAGAAACUCGAGAACCUUCGUUCUGCUGUCUCUGGUCUCAACCAAAUCAGUGAGAAUGAGAAAUCUGGAUUCAUCAGCCUUGUAGCUCGUUACCUAAGUGGAGAAGCUCAGCAUGUUGAUUGGAGCAAAAUCAAGACUCCUACUGAUGACAUUGUUGUUCCAUACGACACCGUAUCACCUCCACCUGAAGAUGAGGCUAAAACUAAGGAGCUUUUGGACAAACUUGUGGUGUUGAAGCUCAAUGGAGGUCUCGGAACAACCAUGGGUUGUACUGGUCCUAAGUCUGUCAUUGAAGUUCGUAAUGGCCUGACUUUCCUUGACCUUAUAGUUAAGCAAAUUGAGAGCCUUAACAGCAAGUAUGGAUCCAAAGUGCCUUUGGUUCUGAUGAACUCAUUCAACACACAUGAUGAUACACUUAAGAUUGUUGAAAAAUACACCAAUUCAAAUGUUGAGAUUCACACAUUUAAUCAGAGUCAAUACCCUCGUCUGGUUGUUGAAGAUUUCUCGCCAUUGCCAUGCAAAGGUCAAACCGGCAAGGAUGGAUGGUAUCCUCCUGGUCACGGUGAUGUGUUCCCAUCCUUGAUGAACAGUGGGAAACUUGACCUGUUUUUGUCACAGGGCAAGGAGUACAUCUUUGUUGCUAACUCUGACAAUCUGGGGGCUAUUGUGGAUUUGAAGAUCUUAAAUCACUUGGUCCAAAAUAAGAACGAAUACUGUAUGGAGGUUACACCCAAAACUUUGGCUGAUGUCAAAGGUGGUACUCUUAUUUCCUAUGAAGGCAAGGUCCAGCUUCUAGAAAUUGCACAGGUUCCUGAUGAACAUGUCAAUGAAUUCAAGUCGAUUGAGAAGUUCAAAAUUUUCAACACCAACAACCUGUGGGUUAAUUUGCAUGCAGUCAAAAGGCUUGUAGAAGCUGAUGCACUUAAGAUGGAAAUUAUUCCAAACCCCAAGGAAGUCGAUGGAGUUAAGGUUCUUCAAUUGGAAACAGCUGCUGGUGCUGCAAUUAAGUUCUUCGACAAUGCUAUUGGUAUGAAUGUGCCUCGAUCACGAUUCCUUCCAGUGAAGGCAACUUCAGAUUUGCUCCUUGUCCAGUCGGAUCUGUACACUGUUGUUGAUGGCUUUGUGAUAAGAAACCCAGCUAGAAACAACCCCACUAACCCCUCUAUUGAGUUGGGCCCUGAGUUUAAAAAGGUCAGCAACUUCUUAAGCCGGUUUAAGUCUAUCCCCAGCAUCAUUGAGCUAGAUAGCUUGAAGGUGGUAGGAGAUGUGUGGUUUGGUGCUGGAGUUGCUCUCAAGGGAAAAGUGACCAUCAGUGCUAAGUCUGGAGCAAAGCUGGAAAUUCCAGAUGGUGCAGUAAUUGCCGACAAGGAAAUCAAUGGUGCUGAGGAUCUUUAAAGCAUUGAGGAUUGUUGGAUGCAAAACAUGAUCACCUGAUUUCUCUGGUCUGUGUAGUAAUUUCAUGGUUCUGAUAUACGAGAGAACAAAUUAUAGAAUUUUGAGUUUUGGAGAUAUAAUUUUGUCGAACAAUUUUUUUGGCGAAACUGGUUCCAGAGCUUAAGAAGUUUGAAUAAUGUCUAGCUGUUUUUUA